ACUCAAGAUCAAAACAAUAUUUUAAAAAUAAUUUGUAGUGCGCACUUAUAAUAUUAACGCUAAUAUUAUAUUUUUUACCUUGUAACGUUAGCAGUGAUAAGAAAAUAAUAUAAACAAUACAUCUAACUUCUUUUUAUUAUUCUAUUUGUUUGUAAACAACUAUACUGUAAUUAAAUUGUUUGUGAAGUAACAUGAACAAAAUAAUUUAAACUUUCCGAGAAACUACAAAAAUAUGAAUUUUUCAAAUGUAAUACUGACCAAAACUGUAAUAUUGAAACCAAAUUUAUCAAAGGAAUUCUUUACAUCAUAUACUGGAUAUAAUAAUCUGAGAGGAUUACUCAAUUUAGGUUAUACUUUUACAAAAUCUUUUCAUACUUCUGUAUUUAAUAGAGAGACACAUAAAGAUGGAACUACAAUAUUGCCUUCUCCUCAAGAAGUAACCACAAUUUUGAGAAAAAAUGAAUUCAACAAAGAGUUUCAAUAUGGUGUUGUUAAAUCCUAUGAUUCUAAUCAGUUAGCUUCUAAUAAUCCUAUUGAAGACACAAGGAGUGAGGCACAGUGUAAAUUAACCCCAGGAUUAUUGAUGGGAAUAUAUGAUGGUCAUGGAGGUCCGGCCUGUGCACAAGUUCUAUCUAAACGAUUGUUGAAAUAUGUUGCUGCUGCACUACUGCCAGCGCCUAUUCUGGAGAAGUUCCAGAAAGAGGAAAACACAGACAAGAUAAUAGAAACAUUUAAUGACAAGGCAGAGAUUGUGGGCGACCUGCAAUUAAUAUAUGAAGAUAGUUUCAAAAAAUAUCUCCUGGAACUUGUGAAAAAUGUAAAACAAGAUGUUGAUGUUAAAGCAGCUAUCGAAAAAAGCAUCAUUCAUUUGGAUAAUGACUUAUCCAGGGAAGUAAUAGACCAGUUUGUGGCGACUGGGACAGUUAAUCCGAAAACAUUGUCUGUUUCCCUUUCGGGUGCCGUGGCGUGCGUCUCUUACAUUGAUGGACCUCACUUGUAUAUUGCAAAUAUUGGAGAUUGUAACGCUGUACUAGGCACGAUGACUGAAGAGAAUCGAUGGAUCUCAAAGAAAAUUACCAAAGAACAUAAUACUGAAAAUUUAGCGGAACUCAAGAGGAUAUGGAGUGAGCAUCCCGAAUCAGAGAGAAGGACAAUCAUUCGGAGAGAUCGCCUUUUAGGAGAGCUAGCACCUUUGAGGAGCUUAGGUGACUUUCGGUAUAAAUGGCCGGCAGAUAUAUUGUCUAAAGUCGCAGAGCCCGUUAUCGGCUCUAGAGCUAUACCAGCAAACUAUUAUACACCGCCAUAUUUAACUGCUAAGCCAGACAUUUAUUACCACAGACUGACAGCAAAAGAUAAAUUUCUAAUUAUAGCUUCAGAUGGGCUAUGGGAUACAAUGUCAGCAGUAGAAGCUGUCAGGCUUGUCGGAGAGCAUAUGAAGGGAAAAGUGUUUUUUAACCCGCUCAAGUUACCGCAGAAAAAUAUCCAACUAGGAGACGUAAAUGAAUUGCUAUUGCACAGGAAAGAAAGCUUAAAGAGCAAACCAAAAGAUAGAAAUGCUGCAACACAUCUUAUAAGACAUGCUAUUGGUGGCACCGAGUAUGGGAUAGACCAUUCUAGGCUUGCUCACUUACUCAGUCUCUCAUCUGAUGUAAGUCGUAUGUUUAGAGAUGACAUGACCGUAACGGUUAUUUAUUUUGACUCGGAGUAUUUAAGACAAUGUCCCGCAUAAUUAUAUUAUAUACAUAAACAUAUUAUAUAGUAACGUUUGAAAAGCUGACAGUGAGAAUUAUUGCUAUUUUGUGAUGAUAUGUUGUUUCAUAGUUCUUAGGCAGGGAUUAUAAUUAUUUUAUUAGUUUAAAAUUCUAUGUAUUGUCUGGUUGUCAAUUCUUUAUUAUUAGCUGGUAAUAUUAGAAUUGUCGUUAUUUUGCAUUUAAAGUAACUACCUAAAUUAUAAUAAGAUGAUAAAAUAGUUAAUAAUACAAAGAGUUAUUGGACUCAAAGCGAUGCGAUUAAUGCAACGUAUGCCGAGAAUAGUUUCUAAAUUUAAAAUAGUGCGCGCUUUGUUCACCCUGACAUCGGUUGUCAUAUUAUCAUCAUAUUUAUCAUCACAUUGUCUUGCAAAUUUGUCUGCAUCAUUUUCACGGUCAGCUUUUCAUCAAUUAUCAGUCAAUAUUAUUGUGAUCUAUGUAGUAUUUAUUACAACUCAGGUUAUAUAAUAAUCAAUGAAGCCCGGUUUUCCUCGUUAAUUCCGGUUUCAAGAGACUACGUUUGGCGUUUGACAAGGAUGUACAUUUCGAUUAGCGUUUCUCCCUGUCAAUAUGAAAAUGGCUUCCCUAUUCUUAAUUUGGCUACGAUGUAAAUUGUGUAUUGUAUGCGUCCGUGUCUGUGUGUGUGUGCGUACGUGCGUAUGUGUGCUGUGUGUAUAAAAUAUUUUUACACUCAAAACAGCUGUUACUCUGUAUUUAGUAUGUAUUACCACUCAGAUUAUAUAAUCAUUAAAAUGGCUAAUUUUAUCUUUAUAUCUAUGGCUAUAAUCAAGGUAUUUGGAAGAAGAAGUUUCCAAAAAAUGGCUUCCCUUUAUUUAAUUUGACUAAUUUGCACUGUAAAUUGUGUGUGUGUGAGUGUUUUAGUGUGUGUUAUACAAUAUAAAAGUCAAUUAUUAUUUAAUUUAAUUUAUCGAUAUAUACAUAGUGAUUUAUUUAUUUUUGACCUUUAUAAACGUUGUUUUUUGAAUCAUUAUGUCAGAAAUUAAUUGUUAUUAUUGAACAACUCGAUUCGUAUUCGUUGGCGCACUAGGACUGAGAGCUAUACGACUCAACUUAGCUAGCUUAACGGAGGGUUUUGAAUUUUAAUAUAUAUUAUUAUGAAUUUAAAAUAAAAUUACAAAUAAAACGGCUAAUUCUAUAUUUAUUUCUAUGGCUAUAAUCAAGGUAUUUGGCCGGGUUUCCUCGACAUUUUCGGUUUCGAGAGACUUUACGGUUGGCGUUUGACAAGGACGUCCCUUUCGUCCGUCAAUAAGAAGAUGGCUUCCCUUUAUUUGAUUUGGCUACUUUGCGCAGUAAAUUGUGUGUGAGUGAGUGUUUGAGUGUGCGAGUGUCUGAGUAUUGAGUGUGUGUGUGUGUUAUACAAUAUAAAGGUCAAUUAUUAUUUUAUUUGAUUUAUUAGAUAUAUACAUAAUGAUUUAUUGAUUUUAACCUUUAUAAACGUUGCUUUUUGAAUUAUAUUAUCAGAAAUUAAUUGUUAUUAUUGAACAACUUGAUGCGUAUUCGUAUUUUAAUAUAUAUUAUGUAUUUAAUAUAAAAUUACAAAUGAAACGUCUGUCAAUAUCUUAGGCUUAGUGUAACGAUUAUGGCUAAUGGUAUUUACUGAAUUAUGUAGAUACCAUAUUAGAUUUUAGAUACUAUAACCGCCUAUCUUUGCUUUGUUUUAAUCGUGACAUAUAAAAUACUCGCUUUACGAGGCAAUAUAUUGUGUGAUUUGUCGCACGCGCUUCUAUCGUGUGGAAUUAUAAUUAAAGAGAAACAACCGUCGAUUCCUUCGAUGGUUAAUAGUGACGCCGGAAGCAAGUGUUUGACAACAGUAUAGUUAAAACACCUUCCGAAGUCCUUGUAAUUUUAAAUAUGUUUGUGCAUUUCAACUUUAUAUCAUUAUAGCUAUUGGUUGAGAAAUGUAAAAGUGAGGCUGUUUUAUUUCAUGUCCUAUUUGAUUAAUGACUACUUAGUUGUAAGUAUUGCUUAUGGAACUGCUUUGUACAAAUUUAUUUACAACAGUUUCCGUAGUCCAAAGGCACACAUGUUUCAUUUUCAAAAGGAGUACUUUCAGCUCAAGCCGACUUCAGAACAAUUUCGCGAAUUUUUAAAAUGUAUGUUUUAAACAUUUUCAUUACCUAUAAAACAAAUAAAAGGUUUCAUUUACUGUCCAUUAUUCAGAAAAAAACUGUAAUUGUUUUAAAUGUUUCAUAUUAUAUACUUUAGUACGGAUGUUGAGUGGUGCUAUCGAAUUCGCAAAAGUCAAUAACUGUGUCAGUUUGGAUAGUUAGCUAGCUAGUCCCGCACAAUAAUAUUGUUAUUCGCGAAACUUUAAUUACACUCACCGCUCAAAACCCGUGUAAAAGAUUACAUGUAUAAUAUUGUAUUAUGUAGUUGCUGAGAUCUCAUAGGUAGUUCCGGACGGUUUAAAGUUCCCAUCUUUUUUACUAAACCCAAUAUUUGAUCAAGUUCUAUGAUGAAAAUUAAUCUAUUGUGUAGCGCGAUAAAUAUGUGUUAUCGAUGUAUUUUAUUGUAAAAUGUUUGAUAAAAUUAGAAAUACUUCCCCACUGAUACAUGCAUUUUUAAAGCUCAUGGCACGUGAGUAUUAUACGAUAAGAGAGUGGUAUUGUAUUAUUCAAAUGCUGUUGCACAAUUUCGGUGUUUAAAAGAGAUUGACCAUAUAUGUACCCAGGUUGUGACAGACAAUAAUAUUUUUGAUAAUUAAAUUAUAUUAUAUUACGAUUAUUUUUUAUAAGUAAAAUAAAAUUACUUAAUUUUUUAUUCAUAGACAUGUAACUAGUAUUGUUUUAAUUAAAUUGAUGAAUGUUAAUUGAUUAUGAGCUGUCAUAUACAUAGUACCUUCAUUUAAUAAAAAUCGAUUGUUUUAAAUAUCUCAUUAUACAAUUAAAAACAAAUCGGAACAAGUCGUCGUAUUAUGGUCUGUAUUCUGUGCCCGUGGUUUCAGCUUUCAGUGUCAUUUUUGCGUACUUAAUACAAUACAAAUCGUAAUUCGCAACAGCAACGGUUAAAUUAAUUCAUUUUCAUUACCAUACUGUUAUGUUGUAUUACAGUGUGUGUUCGAAUACAACAAAUACUUCGUUCCAUCUGAUAUAUAAAUACCCGCAUAUUAAUUCAUAGUUUAUAUUUUAAUAAUAGUACCAUCUAUUCUGUUCUUAGUAAUUAUUUAUAUUGAGGCAACAUCUUACGGCCAUUCCCAAUAUUCAGUCAUACUUGAGAUAAAAAUCGUAACUAUCGUUAACUUUUCUGUCCCAAUAAACUUAUCGACGGUAACUCACCUUAUGCGAACAAACUGUCUGUCAAUGGGACGACGUAUAGCUUACCAACUAUAGAAGUUUGUAUGGAAAUUGCAAUUCACGCGUCGCAAUAUAAGGCGAUACGAAUGACUUAUCGGGUCUAUUGGGACUUAAGAUUAUUAACAGCUCAUUACUGACCGUAGAAGGUAGUAAUUUAUUUCUAUCUGUAAAUAGUAUAUUGGGAACGGCCGUUAGGUCUCUCCUUCACUAUCGGAGAUUAUUGUGUACUAAAUUGGAAGGUAGCAGUAGCUAAUUGCUGCAUUCAUUCGAUGAAUCUAGAACGUAAAUCAUCAGUAACAUGAAGGAAGAAAUCAUCAGUAACGAUUUUCUUAAUUAUAUGGAUGUACCUGCAAUAAUCAUGGCGAUUACCUUCCUAUUCCUAUAUAUACAAGAACGUGUUAAGAUAGUCGCAUAUAUAGUGAAGAGAAGGCUCAAAGAACCUAACUUGUCAAGAAUCCUGAGCGGCACUGUAUUUUAAGUAUGUAAUUUAGUACCAGAAAACUCGCUCGAAAACAAAAUGAAUGAAAAAACUACAUAUGUUUACCUGCUUUCUAGAAAAAUCUUUUAAAUUUAAUACGUUAAUAAAAGUAGAUACGCAGAGUAUCGAUAAUUUCGCUCAGUGGUUAUGUUGUCACAAGCGUGCCACGAGCUUAUCAGCUGUAUGUGUCGGUGGGCAAUACUUAUAUACUUAAUCAAACUUAUAUGUACUUAUAAUGUCUAUUUUAUUGGUGAAAUUAAACAAACUGAAAUUAUGUAA